AUGCCCUCGAUCCCGCAGCGACACAACGACACGCACACCAACUUCAGCAACACUACCCGCCAACACUCAUACCGCUUUGUUUCUCCCGUACCGGACAGCUCUACUCAACGGACCGACCGACCUAGCAAGACCGCUGUAAAACUCACUUCGCCGCUUGGCCUGACAAUGGCCCGCGGAGGGAACACUCGCUCACCAUCGCCCACAGGAAGCUCCUAUUCCAGGCGCAGCCGACGAGACGAUGAUCGUCCUGCGCGAGACCGCCGCGACGAUGUGAGGAGCUAUCGACGACGGAGCAGAUCACGGAGCCCCGAUCGCCGAUACCGCGAUCGCGACGCAUACAGACGUGCGGACAGACCGGUAGACCGACGGGAUGACAGGCGCGAUGAUCGUGACAAUAGAUCAAGCCGCAGGGACCGCUCUCGCGAGAGGCGACGGUCGAGGGAGAGGUCACCAGACAGAGAGCGGAGACGCCGCAGCAGAGACAGAGACUACCGGGACCGGCGAGACGAUUCACGUGACCGCGACCGAGCGCGACGCGACGCCCCUCCUGACUCGAGGCCAAAACCACGACGGGAAGAUAGUAGGGAGAGGAACCGGGAUCGGGAUCGGGCCACAAGCGUGAAAGCCGUGGAGGCAUCGAAACCGGCAACGCCAAGUAAGCAGUCCGAAGAGGAGAAGAAGAAAGUUGAGAGACUCGCCAAGCUCGAGGCAUGGAAGGCCAAACAGGCUGCCGCGCUUGCGCAAAAACAGAAAGAAUCCGAAGCUGCCGAAGGCAAAACCCUUCUUGACCAAAUGGAUAGGAAAGCUGCUGCAUCUCCAUCCGUUGCCUCGCCUAUGUCGCCAACCGUAACAACACCGGCUCUUCCCAGCGGAAACGCUUCCCCAGCACCGUAUGCCGGGAAGUUUGAUCCCAAGGCUAUUGCCAAAAAGGCCACCGGAAGCUCGACCAACGCAAAUGCACUUGGCAUUGAUGUCUCGGUACCUGUUAAUUUGUCCUACCCUUUCAGUACAUCAUCAACGCCGCUUACACCAGUCGCAGCUGCCGCACCUCUCCGUCCGCUGAAGGCCCAUGGUAACCUCAGUGGGUUCGGCCUGGUCAACAAAGCUCCGACAGACUCGGACAAGGGGGGACAGAAGAAGACACUGGAUUUUGGAGACGAGGAGUCUACUAGGAAGAAACUAGAGAAGCUACCGACCCCUCCACUUGAGGAUGGUAUUCGUGAUGAUACUGCGCGGGCUAACGGUGCUGAAGAAGAAGAAGGCGAAGACGAUGACGUUGACAUGGCAGACGCUGGUACGGAGGAAGAGAUCGCUGCAGCAGCUCGUGCCGCCGCGGAGCGGCGUGAUGAACAGCUUGCUAAUGACAGCCGGGCCGAGGCGCAGACCAAUGGAGACGUUCACAUGGAGGAGGCUUCUGCCGACAUCCCCAAUGGAGAGCCUAUGGAGGAAGAAGAGGACGUGGACCCUCUUGAUGCGUUCAUGUCCGGACUGGGCGACCCUAUCAAACCUACACGAGCUUCUGCCGGGUCUGGCGCAUUGAAAGGCAAGGGCGCCAUGCAGGAGCCCGAAGCGAUGUUCGGCGACGAGGAUGAGAUGAAGACUCUCGAGAACAACCCUGACGAUAUCCUGGCAAUGGCAAGCAAACGCAAGAAGAAGGAUAUUCCGACCAUCAACCAUGCCAAGAUGAAUUACGAGCCAUUCAGGAAGAGCUUCUACAAUGAGCCGACAGAGCUAGUGGACAUGACGGAAGAGGAACUUGCGGACCUCCGGCUAGAACUCGACGGGAUCAAAGUUCGUGGCGUCGAUGUACCGAAGCCUAUCCAGAAGUGGGCACAGUGUGGGCUCGGCGUACAGACAUUGGAUGUCAUUCGAAAGCUCGGCUACCAGAACCCAACCUCCAUUCAGGCUCAGGCCAUCCCUGCCAUCAUGUCUGGCCGCGAUGUCAUUGGCGUUGCGAAGACUGGCUCAGGUAAGACGAUUGCCUUCUUGCUUCCCAUGUUCCGACACAUCAAGGAUCAGAGACCGCUUGAUUCUUUGGACGGACCCAUCGGCCUGAUUAUGACGCCUACGCGUGAGCUGGCUGUCCAAAUUCAUAAGGAGUGCAAGCCCUUCCUCAAGGCACUGAACCUCCGCGCCGUUUGCGCAUAUGGUGGCGCACCCAUAAAGGACCAGAUUGCAGAGCUCAAGCGAGGAGCAGAGAUCGUCGUUUGCACCCCCGGACGUAUCAUUGAUCUUCUCGCUGCUAACUCUGGGAGGGUGACAAAUCUGCGGCGGGUCACCUAUGUUGUGCUUGACGAGGCAGACCGCAUGUUCGACAUGGGGUUUGAGCCUCAGGUCAUGAAGAUCCUCGCCAAUAUUCGUCCUCAGCGCCAGACCGUACUCUUCUCGGCAACAUUCCCUCGAAAUAUGGAAGCGCUAGCCCGCAAGACGCUCACCAAGCCCGUUGAGAUCAUAGUUGGCGGCCGUAGUGUAGUCGCACCAGAGAUCACACAGUUGGUAGAGGUUCGGCUCGAGGACAAGAAAUUCCACCGAUUGCUGGAGUUGCUUGGUGAGCUGUACGACAAGGACGACGAUGCUCGUACCCUUAUCUUUGUCGAUCGCCAGGAGGCAGCAGAUCAAUUGCUUGGAGAACUGAUGCGGAAGAGUUACCAGUGCAGGUCUAUCCAUGGUGGCAUCGAUCAGAUCGACCGUGACUCCGCUAUUGACGACUUCAAGAAGGGAGAGUUCCCGAUCAUGAUUGCAACAUCAGUCGCUGCUCGCGGCUUGGAUGUGAAGCAGCUCAAGCUGGUUGUCAACUACGACGCGCCGAACCAUUUGGAAGAUUACGUGCAUCGUGCUGGUAGGACGGGCAGAGCAGGCAACACCGGUACCGCUGUCACAUUCCUCACUCCAGAGCAAGAGAGGUACGCUGUUCAUGUAGCCAAGGCACUAAGGCAGAGCGGCCAGGACGUGCCCGAGCCUGUGCAGAAGCUCGUCGACUCGUUCCAGGAGAAGGUCAAGGCCGGCAAGGAAAAGUUCAGUGGAUCAGGCUUCGGUGGCAAGGGCCUGGAACGGCUCGAUGCAGAGCGCGACGCUACUCGCAAUAGAGAGCGGAAGACGUACAAGACGGGCGAAGGCGACGAAGAGGAAGAGAAGGAGGACAAGGAAGAAGACGACAAGAUACUGGUCAAGGCCAAAGGCACUCCUGCUGCUGCCGCUCCUGAACCCAAAGCUCCUAUCCCUGGCGUGCCCAAAGGCAUCGAUCUCGACAAUUUCGUUGUGCACAAGACCGAGAAGCCGGACGUCAGCAACGACCCGCUGGCAAAGGCUCAGGCGGCCAAGGCAGCAAUCGACAAUCGCCUCUCACAGAAGGGUCAGCUACGGCUCGGGCAGCCCAUCGACAACAAAGGUCCGGAUGCUGGCGCGUUCCAUGCUACGCUUGAGAUCAAUGACUUCCCACAGAAGGCUCGAUGGGCUGUCACCAACAGGACAAACGUUGCUAAGAUUCUUGAUUCGACGGGAACGUCGAUCACGACUAAGGGCAGCUAUUACCCACCUGGCAAGGAAGUAGAACUGGGCAAAGAGCCGAAGCUGUAUAUCUUGGUUGAGGGCGACACUGAGAACGUCGUCACGAACGCCAUGAGGGAGCUGUUGAGGCUGCUGAAGGAUGGAACGAUCGCGGCGGCAGACAGUGAAGCUCGCGCGCCGCAGGGACGGUACAGCGUCGUCUAA